AUGUCUACCGAAGGAAAGACCAUCACUUGCAAGGCCGCCGUUGCCUGGGAGGCCGGCAAGCCCCUGACCCUUGAAGACGUCGAGGUUGCUCCUCCCCAGGCCCACGAGGUUCGAGUCAAGGUCACCUACACUGGUGUCUGCCACACCGACGCCUACACUCUCAGUGGCUCUGAUCCCGAGGGAAUCUUCCCCUCUGUUCUGGGCCACGAGGGUGCCGGUAUCGUCGAGUCUAUCGGCGAGGGCGUCACCAGCGUCAAGCCCGGAGACUCCGUCAUUCUGCUCUACACUGCCGAGUGCAAGGAGUGCAAGUUCUGCAAGUCCGGCAAGACCAACCUGUGCCAGAAGGUGCGAGCCACCCAGGGUAAGGGUGUUCUGCCAGACGGAACCACCCGGUUCAAGUGCAAGGGCAAGGAUCUCUAUUCGUAUAUGGGCUGCUCUUCCUUCUCCCAGUACACUGUGGUUGCUGACGUCUCCCUCGUCGCCGUCGACCCCUCUGCUCCCCAGGACCGAACCUGUCUGCUCGGCUGCGGUGUCACCACCGGCUACGGAGCUGCCACCGUCACCGCCAAUGUCCAGAAGGGCGACAAUGUUGCUGUCUUCGGCGCUGGCUGUGUCGGUCUGGCCGUCGUGAUGGGCGCCAAGGAGCGAGGAGCCGCCAAGAUCAUUGUCAUUGACAUCAAUGGCAACAAGGAGGCUUGGGCUUACAAGUUUGGUGCCACUGACUUUGUCAACCCCACCAAGCUACCCGAGGGCACCACUAUUGUUGACAAGCUGGUGGAGAUGACCGACGGAGGUUGCGACUUCACCUUUGACUGUACCGGAAACGUGACUGUCAUGCGACAGGCUCUGGAGGCCUGCCAUAAGGGCUGGGGUGAGUCGAUCAUCAUCGGCGUUGCUGCUGCUGGCCAGGAGAUUGCCACCCGACCUUUCCAGCUCGUCACCGGCCGAGUGUGGAAGGGCUCUGCCUUUGGCGGUGUCAAGGGCCGAACGCAGCUGCCCGAGAUUGUCAAGCGAUACAAGGACGGCUCUUUCGAGAUUGACAACUUCAUCACCCACUCCAAGCCCCUCAAGGACAUCAACUCUGCCUUCACCGACCUGCACAAGGGCGACUGCAUUCGAACCGUCGUCGACAUGUGGCAGGUUUAG